UAUUUGAACACAACACAGGAAAAAUGUCUCUGCAGAAGAUCGAUUUCUGCUUCAGCGCAUGGCUGGUUCUGGCGCUGCUCUCGACUCACUUCGCCGCUGUGUGCGAGGGGAGCGCCGGGGGACAGCAGCACAGAGCCAGCAGCCCUGACGUCCUGGGGAGCUGCCUGGAGCGCUCCAGAACCCUGCUGGCCAACGUCACAAACGCGCUGGGGCAGAAAGACAACUACGAGGGGUUCAACUGCUCUCAAAUACUUCUGUCGCUGGAUAUCACCAACGGCAUGACGGUGAAAGCCUGUGAACCCGACACCGAAGAGAACACAGGAUGCUCUGGGCAUCGGAAAACACCAUUUAAUAAGUCUGCCUGCUUGGGGAAUAUCAGCAUAGAUUUAUGGGAUUACAAGAACGAGUUGCUGAGUUACAAACAUGCAAACCUGGAAGGCACCCUAAUAAAGAGAGUAGAUGAACUACUUGAGUGCUUGUCCUCAGCAGCUUCCACACCAAACGACUCUUUCACCCUUACCCCAGCCCCCCAGACUGCAACUCUGGAGAAUAACUUUGAGAACAGAGAGAGGCUCUGUAAAGUUCUGAAGGCAUUCCGAGUUCGCAUUGUGACUAUCAGCCGAGUUCUCAGUUAUAUUAAGUUGAGCAGAAUGUCUUAGUCGCUCUGCUUACUACAAGCCAGGACUGCUCCAACGGUUUACAUCUAUUUUUCAUAUGCUGUCAAGGAAAAUAAGCUACAGAAAUCAUUGCUGUUUAUUUAUAAGAUGAUACUUGUGUGUGUUUUUCCAAAUGGAAUCUGUUAUUUAUUGAAUUAUUUAAUUAAAACCUAUAUUAAAAGGAAUAGUAAUAGCAAAGCACUUACUUGUGUAUGAAACAUGUUAAGAUCAUCAGAUUUAAAUUUCACCUGUGUCUCAACUUGAACUAUUUAUUUUUGUACUGUAUUUAUAACAUCUAUGAUAAU